AUGGGUCGAAGAGGGAGUGGUGGGGCUAGGGAUGUGUUUGGGACUUUGGAUCUGUUGCAGGAUGAAGGGAGAGAACGUGGUGGAUGUGUCAUUGUCGUUGUUUCCCAACUUCAAGCAAAGAUGCGUGAGAUCCUUCACAUCCAAGGUGGGCCAUGCGCUAUUCUCAUGGAUAUGGAGCCUGGUACGUACCAUGGAUUUGGUAUGGGUACCCUUUUGAUCUCAAAGAUCAGAGAGGAAUACCCAAACCGAAUGAUGCUCACCUUCUUCAUCUUACCAUCCCCAAAGGUCUCCGACACCGUUGCUGAGUCUUACAACACAACCAUGUCUAGGGAACUAUGA